GCCAGUACUGAUGCGGGCACUGCAGGAGCCCUGACUCCACAGCAUGUUCGAGCUCAUUCCUCUCCAGCUUCUCUGCAGCUUGGAGCUGUUUCUCCCGGGACAUUGACCCCCACGGGAGUAGUCGCUGGCCCAACAUCUACACCAGCAGCUCAGCAUCUUCGCCAGUCUUCUUUUGAGAUACCUGAUGAUGUACCUCUGCCAGCAGGGUGGGAAAUGGCGAAGACAUCUUCCGGUCAGAGAUAUUUCUUAAACCACAUCGAUCAGACAACGACAUGGCAGGAUCCCAGGAAGGCCAUGCUCUCUCAGAUGAACGUGACAGCCCCCACCAGCCCUCCUGUGCAGCAGAGUAUGAUGAACUCGGCUUCAGGUCCUCUUCCUGAUGGAUGGGAACAAGCCAUGACUCAGGAUGGAGAAAUUUACUAUAUAAACCAUAAGAACAAGACCACCUCUUGGCUAGACCCAAGGCUUGACCCUCGUUUUGCCAUGAACCAGAGAAUCAGUCAGAGUGCUCCAGUCAAACAGCCACCACCCCUGGCGCCCCAGAGUCCACAAGGUGGUGUCAUGGGUGGCGGCAGUUCCAACCAGCAGCAACAGAUGCGUCUGCAACAGCUGCAGAUGGAGAAAGAGAGACUGCGGCUGAAACAGCAAGAACUGCUUCGGCAGGCAAUGCGGAAUAUCAAUCCCAGCACAGCAAAUUCUCCAAAAUGUCAGGAAUUAGCUCUCCGUAGCCAGUUACCAACACUGGAGCAGGAUGGUGGGACUCAAAAUCCAGUAUCUUCUCCCGGAAUGUCUCAGGAAUUGAGAACAAUGACGACCAAUAGCUCAGAUCCCUUUCUUAACAGUGGUACCUAUCACUCUCGAGAUGAGAGUACAGACAGUGGACUAAGCAUGAGCAGCUACAGUGUCCCUCGAACCCCAGAUGACUUCCUGAACAGCGUUGAUGAGAUGGAUACAGGUGAUACUAUCAACCAAAGCACCCUGCCCUCACAGCAGAGCCGUUUUCCAGACUACCUUGAAGCCAUUCCUGGGACAAAUGUGGACCUUGGAACACUGGAAGGAGAUGGAAUGAAUAUAGAAGGAGAGGAGCUGAUGCCAAGCCUGCAGGAAGCCUUGAGUUCUGACAUCCUUAAUGACAUGGAGUCUGUUUUGGCUGCCACCAAGCUAGAUAAAGAAAGCUUUCUUACAUGGUUAUAGAGCCCUCAGGUAGACUGAAUUCUAAAUCUGUGAAGGAUCUAAGGAGAUAAGACAUACAUACCUGAAAUUUCCAAAUAAACCAGUUGCGUUUUUCUGGCUAAUAACAGAAAUGAUGAACAAACGUCCAGCAAGAUUUAUUCAUCCACUAUUUUGCUCUUCUUUGUCCAUUGCUGCUGUUAAUGUAUUGCUGACCUUUUUCACAGUUGGCUCUAAAGAAUCAAAAACAAAAAAAACAAACAAAAAAAAACCUCGUGUUUCUUUUGCUAUUAUAACUACUGUUUGUUUGGGGGGCUGGGGAAAGUGAGCCUGUUUGGACGAUGGAUGCCAUUCCUUUUGCCCAGUUAGAUGUUCACCGAUGAUUUUCACGAAAUACUCAAGACUUGGAAGUCGAACGCGUCUUGUCACAGCAUUUAGUUUGUUCAGGCGAUUGUUUCUUCGGCUGCCUUUGGCCAGUGGGAAAACAUGACUUACUGGUCUGACAAGCCAAAAAUGUUGUAUUUGAUAUUAAGUACUUAAUGCUGAUUUGAAGAGAUAGCUGAAACCAAGGCUGAAGACUGUUUUACUUUCAUUGUUUUUUUUUUUUUUCUCUCCUCUCCUAGUGCUAUCAUUAGUCACAUAGUGACCUUGAUUUUUAUUUUAGGAGCUUAUAAGGCAUGAGACAAUUUCCAUAGAAAUAUAUUAAUUAUUGCCACAUACUCUAGUAUAGGUUUUGGUGGAUAUUUUUGUGGGUGUUGUUUUUUUUUUUUGUUUUUUUGUUUUUUUUCCUUUGGUUGGUUGGUUUUGGCAGAACCUAGUCAAGUUACGGUAUUAGUGAAUCUGUUUAUAAUUGUAGCUUGGGACAGUUACUAUAGUUCUUUUGGUAAAUUCUACACUUCCUAUUUUUUUACCAUCCUAUUUAAAUAUUGAUUAUCUGCUCUCUUAACACACACACACUUAUAAUAGUGUGAUAGCAGAAUUUUUUUAGGUUUUCCUACUUUUCCAAUUUAUUUUUAAAGGGGUAGCUUUGUAUGCAUUUAGAAUACAUGCCUACUUUGUAUUUGACAGGUAGUUUAAAUCUGAUGGGGAUGUUCUGCAGUUAUUUGAGGUAGUUUGGUGUUCUAGAAAAGGCCAUUACUAUGGGUAGUGUCUAGAGGGGUCCUUUUUGCCCUCUAGGCACACAAUGAAUGUUAUCUGAUGAAUAGUUAAGGAGCAAAUAAGAAAUGGCUUUAUAUUCCCCCUUAGACUCUUUUGGAGUAAUUUUGAGUCUUGAUGAGAAAUCACUGAGUAGGUCCUUAAGAUACAGGACAGAGGAAGCUUCCCAGCAGCUUACCUUCCUUUAGCUUGCCAAGUUUACCUUCACCCUAGCUUUGGAAGUAAAUUCUAGUCCUUUAGUUCUCAUUUGUUAUGAACAUGUUAAAGACUAGACUGAAAUAUUGCCAACGACAUUGUUUUUAUGAGACUUGUUCCUACUUCUGUAUGCUGAAAAUUAACCCCAGAUAGUAUGUAGAAUAUUGUAAGGUCAUGAAUUAGCUGGUUAAGUGAUCAGAUUAAUAAAUGUAUAUUGGUAGUUGAAUUUAACAAAGAAAUAGAUCAUCAUGAUUAUACCUUUAUUUUUACAGGAAGAGAUAUAACUAGAAUAUGUGUCUACAGGAAUAAUAAUGGUUUCCAAAGAGUAUUUUUUAAAGAAACAAAAUAAGCAUGAAUUCACUCUUCAGUAUAAGCUAUGAGUAGUUGGUUGUGAAUUAUAGUGCACCAGCUAGCACCUCUAUGAUUUAAGGGUCUUGUAAUGUUUCUAGAAUAAACCCUUAUUUUCAAGGGUUUAUAACAGACAUAUGAUCUCUUUUCCUGGCUAAAGCUGCUAUGAAAAGCCUCAGCUUGGGAAGACAGAUUUUGUAAUUGAAAAAAAAUUCUAAGUAUUUUGGCCCUUCAAUUUGGAGGAGUACAAAAGUUGGAAGUUAGAAGUUUUAUUUUAAGUACUUUCAGUGCUCAAAAAAUGCAAUCACUGUGUUGUAUUAAUGGUUCUUAGGUCAGUCAUUCAUAAUAAUUGACUAAGAAGUAAACAGCAGAAAGAUUAAGCCUUGAAUUAAGUCUGGGGGAAAUGGCCAUUGUGCAGAUGCAUCAACUUUUAGAGCAAUAAUGAAAUUCUACCUAGAAUGGGAAAUUGAAUAUAUGGAUGAUACUGCAUGUUGUUUUUGUUUUUUUAAUGUGCAGAAGAUUAAAGCUACUUGGAAGGAGUACCUAUAAAUUUGCCAGUAGGCCACCAAUUAAGAUCACAUUUUAUAUAUCAGCAGAGUAGCUUUAGCUUAGGGGGAGAGGGAGGGGGGCAUUGUGAAGAUUUAGUGGGGCUUUGGUAGAGAACUUUGUAAACUUCUUUCUCUUCAGUAAAGACUUGUCUUACAUCUUGCUGUCAUUAAAGGCAGUUGUUCCUAAAAUUUCAUUCACUUCAGUACACCCACCAAACCAGAAUACGGAGAUCUUCAUUUCCCCUCGACUCUAACUUGCCCAGUUGUACCUCAGUGUUGGGGCAGCACCAUGGGGCCUGUACUGUGCUCUGCUCUCACUGUGCCCUCUGCACUGGCCUGAAGGAGACCUAAGGGUUCUUCUCUUUUUGAGUCUGAAUCACAGCCUCAAUGUGGUCUUUCUUGUUUUAUGUCCUUGUUCCUAAUGUAAACGUCUUUAACUGCUUCUCGGUUGUAUUGGGUAGCAUUGGGAUAAGAUUUUAACUGGGUAUUCUUGAAUUGCUUUUACAAUAAACCAAUUUUAUAAUCUUUAAAUUUAUCAGCUUUUUACAUUUGCAUUCUUUACAGAUACGGCUUCUUAGAUCUACUUAUGGUUGAUGGAGCACAUUGAUUUGGAGUUUUAGAUCUUGCAAAAGCACUAAUUGUUGUAAUAACUUUUCUAAAUACAGUGCCUUUAAAAAAAAAAAAGAAAUGAACAUAAGGAAGUAACUGAUACAAAUAAUGUUGCUGUUUGAAGUAUUUGUAUUAAAUAAACAGAUUCUAUAUGGAACAUGGCAGAAAAACUGAAAAAUAAGUGAUUAAUUGUGUAAUUCAGAAUUUAUACCAAUCAGUGUUGAAACAAACAAUGCAAAAGUGAGAAGCAAUAUCCAAUGGUUAACAAUUUUGUAGUUUUUGUACAUCUGAGAAAUGAGUGCUCAGAAGAAUUUUAGCUUUGCAAGCAUGUUUUUUCUAAGAAUUGGGGGUGUGCCUAUCUUAACAAUUGUUUUCUGUAUCUUGAAAAAGUAUUCUCCACAUUUAAAUGUUUUAUAUUAGAGAAUUCUUUAAUGCACACUUGUCAAAUAUAUAUAUAUAGUACCAAUGUUACCUUUUUAUUUUUUGUUUUAGAUGUAAGAGCAUGCUCAUAUGUUAGGUACUUAACAAAUUGUUACAUUUUUUUCUUAUGUAAUGCCUUUUUGUUUAUGUGGUUCAAAUAUAUUCUUUCCUUAAA